AUGUCGCUGAUGGAUAAUCUUUUAGGAAUCCUCCGCGUUCGUGUCAAACGUGGCGUUAACCUCGCCGUCCGUGACGUCUCCAGCAGCGAUCCUUACGUCGUCCUCAAGCUUGGUCGUCAGAAACUCAAAACUCGAGUAGUGAAGAAGAACGUAAACCCACAAUGGGAAGAAGAUUUAACAUUCACAGUAACCGACCCGGAUCUCCCGCUUAACCUGAUUGUGUACGACCACGACUUCUUCAGCAAGGACGAUAAAAUGGGAGACGCAGAGAUCGAUUUGAAACCGUACAUCGAAGCUCUGCGAAUGGAGCUUUCCGGUUUACCGGAAGGAACCAUCAUAGCGACGAUCAAUCCUAACCGCAAAAACUGUUUAGCAGAGGAGAGCUACGUCCGUUGGAUCAACGACCGAAUCGUUCAGAGCAUUUGUCUCCGUCUCCGUAACGUCGAGCGUGGCGAAGUCGAGAUCGAGCUCCAGUGGAUUGAUCUUCCCGGUUCUAAAGGCUUGUAA